AUGGUUGCUUGCCCCAUCUGCGAAAAACAGGUGAAGGCCAAAGACAUUAACAGUCACAUUGAUUCAGGAUGUGAAGACUUUAUCGAUACUGUUUCUCCGCCGCUCACUCAGCAAAAUGGGAACAUUUCACAGAAACCAGUUUCCACACAGAAGCCUUCCGUCUCCAACUUUUUCUCAACUCCUGCGGCUAAGAAGGCAGCAUCGUAUCCUACUCCAAAGAUAGCACCCAGUCCUACGCCUAUUUUUCAACAAAAUGUGCAGGAUGGAAGCACAUCUGGAAAUCAGGCAAUGAAGCGGCAGAUUGAGGGUCAUGCGAGUGAGUCCCUCACGGUUCAAAGGAAGAGGUCGUUCGAUGGUGUUGGGGCACCGGGCCCAGAGUUCGACAAGGAUAACGAUAAUAGAGAUCCACCAGCGAAGAAGACCAAGUCCAAUGCCUUUCAGAAAGCCGCUCCGUUGGCAGAACGAAUGCGCCCACGAAAUCUAGACGAAGUAUGUGGUCAGGAGUUGGUUGGACCUCAAGGGGUUCUGCGAAGUCUUAUCGAGCAGGAUCGAGUGCCGUCGAUGAUACUAUGGGGAGGGGCUGGCACGGGGAAAACUACAAUUGCACGUUGUGUAGCUGCGAUGGUCGGGAGUCGGUUUGUCGAAAUCAAUAGUACUUCUUCGGGUGUAGGAGAGGUGAAGAAGAUAUUUGCUGAGGCAAGAGGGGAACUGGGCCUGACUGGGAGGAAGACGAUAAUCUUCUGUGAUGAGAUACAUCGAUUUUCGAAGAGUCAGCAGGAUGUGUUUCUGGGGCCUGUUGAGAGUGGGCAGAUUACCUUGAUAGGAGCUACAACUGAGAAUCCUUCUUUUAAAGUACAGAAUGCUUUACUGUCUAGGUGCCGGACAUUCACGUUAUCAAAGUUGACGGAUGAUGAUAUACUGGAGAUAUUGGAGAGGGCGUUGAGGACUGAAGGGCCCAAUUACACUCCUACAGAUCUUGUGGAUACAGAGCUCUUGAAAUAUCUAUCUGCUUUCUCUGAUGGUGAUGCACGGACAGCCUUGAAUCUUCUAGAGCUAGCCAUGGGUCUAUCCACAAGGCCUAAUAUCACAAAGGAAGACAUCAAAGCCUCUCUCACAAAAACGCUAGUAUAUGACAGAGCCGGAGAUCAACACUACGACACUAUAUCUGCUUUCCACAAGUCAGUAAGAGGCAGUGAUCCAGAUGCUGCUCUAUACUAUCUGGCAAGAAUGCUUCAAUCUGGAGAAGACCCUCUCUACAUAGCUCGGCGAAUGAUAGUCAUGGCAUCUGAAGAUAUAGGACUAGCCGAUAACACCAUGCUAACCCUCGCAACUAGCACAUACACCGCAUGCGAGAAAAUUGGCAUGCCAGAAUGUCGGAUCGCAAUGGCUCAUGCUACUGUAGCGCUAUGUCUAGCACCAAAAAGUACAAGAGCAUAUAGGGGGUUAAAUAAUGCAUUUUCUGCACUCAAGGAACCGGGGAUAGCUAGUCUAGCUAUUCCUAUCCAUUUGAGAAACGCACCUACGAAGUUGAUGAAGGAGAUGGGAUAUGGGGAUCAGUAUAAGUAUAACCCUAAUUAUAAGGAGGGAAGAGUAGUUCAGGAAUACUUGCCGGAAGAAUUGAGAGGUAGGAAGUUUUUGGAGGAUAGAGAUUUGGGAACAGAAGUUGAUCCAGGUGCUUGGCCUUGAGAUUUGAAUAGACUUGCUGCGUAGGAUAUAUCGGGUGCAUUGCGAUGGUGUUGGAGUCUAUGAUUGGCGUUACAACAGGUGCAUAUGGCCAUAGGAAUCAUAAAAAGUAUAUCUCUUU